AUGGAGGCGCCGCCGCUGCGGCGGCACCGCGCCCGGUACAAGGGGCCGGCGACGCCGCCCUGGAAGGAGACCUACCGGCGGCGCUGCGUGGAGAGGCUGCGCCGCAGCCGCGCCAAGCUGCUCGAGCGGUACCGGCAGGCGGGCCGGGCCGGCGCCGCGCUGCUCGUGCCCGAGGUGAUGGAGCUGGAGUGGCAGCCGCUGGCGCAGAUGGUAGAGGAUCCCGAUGAACUAGCAGUACUGGAAGAAAUCCAGCACGAACUGGUCUUGCAAGAACAGUCAGUCAUAGAAGAGUAUGAGCGAAGUCUUCAGUUUGAUGAAGAAUGUCUCAAUGCCAUGCUUGAUGGCUUGGAGGCCAGUGACAAGAUCAUCUGUCCUGUGUGUAGAAAGAAUAACCUGACUGUGAGGAAUCACCUGGUGUUGUGCCAGUGUGGAUUAUAUAUCACUACUCAGGAUAUGACAGAAGAGAAGCUCCGGUCCCUUCUAGAAAACACUAUAACAGAGCACAGUUACAGGUGCUUUCACAAUCCAGAGUUUACUGUUACCAGUGGAAUGGAAGAAGAAACCAGUCUUCUCAUGAGCUGUUCGGUCUGUGACUCCUGGACGAUUCUCCUGUAACAUGAUUUGGCUGCUGUUUUUAUCACUGGAAGAACUUCUUGAGCUAGAGCUGCUAUUAUGUAUACUAUUGUAAUUGCUGUGUCAAAAGCAUAUUUGACAAGGCAGUAGUAUUGCCUUAAUUGCACUUUUAAUGACGCAGUAUUUUGAAAUAAAUACA